UUUACCAAGCAUUUUAUUAUGUGAAUCGUUAUACCAAAGUUGAGAACAUUUCUACUGUUUUCCUGCAAACUAAAUAUGAGAUCAUCAGCGUCAAAUCGACCAGUUCAUUUCGAAGGUAUGCUGUGUGCGUAUGCAAUGAUGGUAGUACUGRCAGGGAUGACAAACGGAUUUUCCUUGAAGAGCAGGCACGUACCUCAGAAUCUCUCAAUAACGCAGUCAAGACUUCAGGAUUUGCAUAACAACUACAAACCCAAACUUUUACAAAACCAAAAGUCUUUGACGACGAAUUUAAACAAUCAGAGAAAGAAUGCCGGGUCGGUACCGGUUAAUGGAAGAGCUGAACUACUGACGCAUCAAGAAAGCCAACGAGGACAAGAGUUACACCAAGCUUUCUCGAAGCAGACGAAACUUCGUACCCGCGCUCAACUUGAAUCAGUCUUUGAAGUUCGAUAUUCUACAUUUCCAACAUCAAUUUAWGGUGAUAUGAGGUUGCAUCAAAAGGAAAGGAAUAAUACAUUUGUCCGUCGGAAGCGUUAUAUUUUUCCACCAGACAACAGACGAAGAAUCAGCAACUACCAAGCAUCUUACAAAUUCCCCUAUUCUGCUUCUGUUAAGAUAUCWACAGGAUGUACAGGGAMUYURAUCUCAAACCAACACGUCUUGACCGCUGCUCACUGCAUCCAUAACAAAACACAGUAUAUUACACAAACAAGCAACAUACGAGUGGGAUUCCUUAARAGCAAUGGAAAGUUUCAUUGGUAUAGAGUGACUUCAGUACAAUUCCCAAGAAACGAAUGGAUGAAUAGCAAAGGUUCACACUAUGAUUACGCUGUGCUGAGACUUUCCAAACCUCACACGAGAAAGUUUUUUCGUCUGACCGUACCAAAGAAAUCCUCAUUACAUAUAUACUUUUCAAGUUUUCCUGGUGAUAAAAAGAGCAAUACUCUGUGGUACGURGAUUGCAGUGCAAGCGUACUUACAUUAAGUUCCAAUAUUAUUUCCAAGUGUGAUGCAUCUAAAGGAAGUUCAGGAUCCGGAGUGUACACUGUAAUCCGAAGACGUGGGAAAAAUAAGCGAGUUAUCAUCGGGGUUCUGUCGGGGGAGACAGAGUUACUAAGGUUGCCAAAUGGUCGCUAUCGCUACUUUAAUAAUGCCGUUAGUCUCAAGGCCGCUGAUAUUAGGAAUAUUUGUAGAUGGGCUGAACACCCAAGGGGUUGUCCAUCAUAGAUGAUUUWAAAAAAUUGCGAAGUUAGUUAACUGGAACUCCCUAAUUGGUUUCUCCGRGAGAGAAAAAUCCCUCUUUUUUGAAAUUCGUGGACGCAAAUUAAAAAAUAUGUUGGAAAAUUGUAAUUGUAAAGACUUUUGAAACUGUAUUAUUGCACGUGUUAUGCAGCAUAUAACUGUAGUAGAU